AUGUCGUACGGAAUCAAUGACUUCGAGCAGACACAGCACGGGAGCGGCUAUUCCUCGGGAAGUGUUGGCUACGAAUUCGGUCAAUUCGAUUACACUGACCAGGAGUACAACACGGCAUCCCUGGCCACCCCUCAACCGCCGCCGCCCUCUAUGUUCACGCCAUCGGCGGUCGACAACUUCGACGACCCCUUCACGGGAAUGCCGGGCCAGCGCUCGACCGACCCGUACGCCGACGAACCGCCACUUCUCGAGGAGUUGGGAAUCAAUUUCGACCAAAUCGUGCAGAAGACAUAUGCGGUCCUCAAUCCCCUGCGACGGCCCGACCCCUCCAUUCUGCACGACUCAGACCUGGCCGGCCCUCUCGUCUUCUGUCUGGCCUUCGGUUCGUUUCUACUGGUGUCGGGAAAAGUGCACUUCGGCUACAUCUAUGGGUUCGGUCUCAUGGGCUGCCUCGCCAUCUACUCACUCCUCAAUCUGAUGGCCACUCCAGACAUCGCCAUAUCGAUCGCCUGCACGGUCUCUGUGUUGGGCUAUUGUCUGCUUCCGAUGGUUGUGCUGUCGGGUCUAUCCAUACUAAUCAGUCUGAAGGCGUUGGUGGGAACGAUAUCCGUGUUUCUGGCGAUCACGUGGUGUGCGGUCAGUGCGUCCAAACUGUUUGCGAUCGCACUCACACUCCACAACCAACAGGCGCUCAUCGCCUAUCCCUGUGCUCUCCUUUACGGCGUUUUCGCGCUUUUGACAGUUUUCUAG